AUUGGAGGGGGCUUAAACACCAUUUUGAGCGUCGCCUUCUGGCCCAAAAAUCACAUAUGAUUACUCACUACAUAAUUACAUCAUCAAUCAUCUUCACAAAGCAAAUUAGGUCCAUAAUCACACAAUUUGCAAGACUGAAGUUAACCCAUAAUACCCAUAUAAUACAGCAACUAAAAUCCAACUCCCUUUUCCCUCAUCAACACAAUUUUUUUAAAAGAAAAAAAGAAUUAUCUUUUACAUUGCCACAAAUCAGAAAAAAGAAAAAGGAAAAAGAAAAUUUAUUCACCUUUCUGUCUUAAAUUAACAAGAACCUUGAUUUCUUGAACUCAGAUUGCACGAUUUCGAAUUAAUGUAUAAGAAAUUUGGAAUUGUAGGGUUUCUUUGCUCAGGUCUGAUUCUGGGCACUGGGUAGAUAUAUCCAAUGUUAAUUGUUGAAAUUAUAGGGUUACAAACCCUACUUUUUCUGUUGAUAUCUCUUAUUUGCAGCUGGUUACACUACAAGUGGCGCAAUGCGGUGGCUAAAAAAGAGGAAAUCAAACGACUUGUCGACAUGGUUUCUAAAGAAUCUGAAAUGUUCGAGUUUGAUUCUGUUUAUCAAUGCAAUUCGGUUCCUAGAUUAAACCAGUGCGCUGUUUGCUUUUCCCCUACCACCACGCGCUGUUCCCAAUGUAAAUCUGUUCAUUACUGUUCUGGAAAGUGUCAAAUAAUUCACUGGAGACGAGGUCACAAGGAUGAAUGUCGACCUCUAACUACUGCAAUGCAUUCAAAAGGGAAAAAUGAAUCUUUUGAAAGAUCUUCAGAAAAAAAAACUGAAAUGCAUACUGAAGGAAGUGAAUUGUUAGCUAAUUUUUCUACCAAUAAAGAAAUUGGUUAUAGUGGUACAGGCAGAUCGGAGAGACCUUCUGAAGAUAUUACUCCUGAUAUGCUGAGUGCAAGGGCUACCUCUAAGAAAAUGCAAGAAACUAAAUUGCCUCCUUCAAUGUCUGCCAAGUCUACUUGUGCAAAUAGUGUUUCAUAUGCAAGUAAAUUAAAUAAGAUGAAAUCCAGUACCAACGAAGUGGUUGGUUGCAGUUCUCAGCUUCCAAGUGGCAAGGUCGUGUCUGAUGAACUUCCCUCAGCAAAGUCAGUUAAUAAGAAGUCAGUCAGAAAAGCUGCAUCAUCAGAAAUAUUAGUUACUGAUGCUUCUAAGUCUAAUUUCUCAGCAUCUUUGAACGGUUUGAGGUUGGAUUCUAUAACUGAUAAUGGGGAAGAUGAUUUACAAUUACUUAAGGAUAAAGAAGCCAGAUGUUUGCUGUUUAAUGCUUCUGGUAAUCAUACACGAGAUGCUUCUAAUGGCUUGAAAAAUUCUGUAUGGAAAACUGUUCAGCAGUUAAGAGUGAAGCAAUCCUACAAUUAUGAGAUACUCUUUCCGUACGAACUGUUUCUGAAACUUUAUUCGUGUGACGAAGAACUAAGUCCAUUUGGACUUAGAAAUUGCGGGAAUAGUUGUUAUGCUAACACAGUUAUCCAAUGCCUGGCAUUUACUCGGCCUCUCACUUCCUACUUUGUUCGUGGCCUGCAUUCCAAAUCAUGUCGAAGGAAGGGGUGGUGCUUCAAUUGUGAAUUUCAACUUUUGAUUCUGAAAGCAAGGGAAGGGGAGUCCCCUUUGUCACCCAUUAGGAUUUUAUCCAAAAUACAAAAAAUCGGAAGUCAUCUUGGUCAUGGGAGAGAAGAAGAUGCCCAUGAAUUCUUGAGGUACGCUGUUGACACGAUGCAGUCUGUGUUCCUCAAGGAAGCUGGAUCUCUGGUUCCAUUGUCAGAAGAAUCAACUCUAGUAGGACUGACUUUUGGGGGUUACCUUCAAUCUAAGAUAAAAUGCAUGAGGUGCCUUGGGAAAUCUGAGAGAUUUGAACGGAUAAUGGAUUUAACUGUUGAGAUAGAUGGGAAUAUUGAGUCUCUUGAACAAGCUCUUACACAGUUUACAGCAGAUGAAAUGCUGGACGGAGAGAAUAAGUACAAUUGCAGCAGGUGUAAAUCUUAUGUGAAAGCUAAAAAAAAGCUGACAAUAUUAGAGGCACCCAAUAUCCUCACAAUUGUGUUAAAGCGAUUCCAGUCUAGUAAUUUUGGAAAACUAAACAAGUCAGUUCGAUUUCCCGAGGUCCUCGACAUGGCUCCCUAUAUGUGUGGAACAAGUGAUAAAUCUCCUCAAUACAGUCUCUACGCAGUAGUUGUUCACAGGGACACAAUGAGUGAUGCUUCUACAGGUCAUUAUGUCUGUUACAUAAAGACUUCACGUGGCGAAUGGUUUGGGAUUAAUGACAGCAUAGUAAAGCCUGUUGAGUUGAAGAGAGUCUUAUUGGAAGAGGCAUAUAUGCUCCUUUAUGCAAGGCACUGUCCACAAGCUCCAGCUGUACGGAAGAGCAAUGUAGAGACACAUUGUACGAAGUCCAAAAAAAGGAUUUUAGAAGCUGUUCCUGCCAAAAAUCUUAAUACAUCAAAGACUAGGUGUAACUCCCACUUCUCAAGCACUGAUCCUUCAAAGGCACAACUGAAGCAUGACAAGCACCUAUACUGGAUGGAUUCGGAUGAUUUGACCAGCACUAAAUUGCUCGAUCCAGAUGACUGCAGAUUUCACCCUGUGGAUUCCUCAAGCGAGAGUUCUUCCCUUCUUAGCUGGUCUGAUGCAAGUUCUUGCAGCACUGCAAGCACCAAGGACUCAGUGAAGAGUGAAGACUUCUCCGAUUUUCUAUUUGGGGACACAGGACCUGGUUGGUACGGGCAUCGUGGGUUUUGAGCUAACACCCAUUGAACGACCUUCCUUGUAUAGCAACUCGCAUAAGAAGAAAAAUUGACGCAGGCAACCAGACCUAAGGAGAGAUUGGUAUGAGGGUAUGGAAAACCCUGCAUUCUUUGUAUACUGAUACAAGUUUUUAGAAAAAAAGGAAUAUUGUGGAAAGUCAACCCUUCUAAUUUUGGUAGUGACAGUAGGUGCGACCUGACUUAGGACAAUUAGUGUAGGCUAACCCUCACCAUAUGAGACUUAUGGUGGUGUAAUAUUAGGAGCAGCAAGGUGAGAGCGAAUAUAUCAACUCAAACAUUUUGCUUGAGGUUUGGGUUGAGAUGAACUUGAGCUGCUAGUUAUUGUUAUUAUAACUGGAUCAUAAAUUAAUCAUCAAUUCUUUUCUGCUCCUUCCAGACCA